GCUUCAUUUAAUGUAUUUUAGUGAAUCAAGAUACAACCGAUUGUCAACGUCUUCAUCAGUACCUGAAGAUCUUGAAUAUGAUAGGGGAUUUUGUUCUUGGAUGACAGCUGCUUUUCGGAUGCACGAUGAUGAGAUUCAUGAGAGAUGUGGUGAAGAUGCCAUACACUAUCUUGCCUUCCAACGUCACAUCAUCUGCCUGUUGAUUGCUAUCAGCAUUUUGUCUGUGUGUGUCAUACUACCUGUCAACCUAUCAGGUGAUCUACUUGAUAAAGAUCCCUAUAGUUUUGGAAGAACAACUAUAGUAAACUUACAAACUGGCAAUAACCUUCUUUGGCUGCACACAGUUUUUGCUGUUGUUUACCUGAUUCUGACUGUUGUCUUCAUGAGACAUCACAUGAAGUAUGUCACAUAUAGAGAAGAAAACAUAGUUAAGUGCACAUUGUUUAUAACUGGUCUUCCAAAAAAUGCAAAGGAAGAGACAAUACAAAGCCAUUUCAAUGAUGCCUACCCAACUUGCACUGUACUGGAGGUCCAGCUGUGUUAUGAUGUAGCCAAGCUUAUUUAUCUCUUCAAAAAAAGAAAACAGGCAGAAAAAAGCCUGACUUACUAUGAACACCUGCAUCAGAAGUAUGGCAAGCGGGUCCAAAUCAACCCUAAGCCAUGUGGUCAGUUCUGCUGUUGUGAAGUAAGAGGAUGUGAAAGGGAGGAUGCUGUAGAUUAUUAUACCAAAGUUAGAAAUGAACUGAUGGAAGCAUAUUCAAAAGAGGAACAAACUGUUCUUAAUAACCCACUGGGAAUGGCUUUUGUAACAUUUCAAGAGAAAUCUAUGGCAACCUACAUCCUUAAGGACUUUAAUGCCUGCAAGUGUCAGAGUAUUAAGUGUAAAGGAGAACCCCAGCCAUCGUCCUACAGCAGGGAGCUGUGUGUAUCAAACUGGGAGGUUACAUAUGCUCCUUAUCCUGAGAAUAUUUGUUGGUAA